GCGUGGGGGGCAACCCCAGCUCACCCUCCAUCUGAUGGCAGCAUCAGGCAGUCCCGUGAAGCGUUUGCGUGGGAGUUCCCUCCACCGCCAUGUCGGGAUGGUGCACAACUCUCUCUCUUUCUCUCUCUCUCUCUCCACACAUCCUCCCCCACGUUAAGAGCUUAGCACGGCAGAAGCAGCUCCUGCAGCAUCCAGCAUCCCUCCAUCCCUGCCUCGGGAGCAUCAGUCCUACCCGGCGCAGCACCGUGUAGGUGAUGCCACAGCAUCAUCCGCAUUUCGACGAGAAAUAACCGAGGGUUGGUCCAUAAAGGAGAGAGGGGCGAAGAGGAAAAUUUGCUUCAGCCUCGAAGACGGCAACUGCCCAUGAAGAUGUCUAACGCUGACACAGUCUUAAACCCCACCGAUCGGGUGGUAAAAUCUGUCCCCUUCCCUUUGAGCCACCGCCUUACAAUGAAGGAAGUGUUUGACUGUGAAGGCAAACCUCGCGUGGAUCUCCUGAAGGCCCACCUGACCAAGGAGGGCCGUGUGGAGGAGCCCGUGGCCCUUCGGAUCAUCAAUGAGGGAGCGGCCAUUCUCCGCCAGGAGAAAACAAUUCUCGACAUCGAGGCACCAGUCACAGUCUGUGGGGACAUCCAUGGUCAAUUCUUUGAUCUUAUGAAGUUGUUUGAAGUGGGAGGAUCACCAGCCACAACACGGUACCUGUUCCUUGGGGACUACGUUGACCGCGGCUACUUCAGUAUUGAGUGUGUUUUAUACCUUUGGUCACUGAAAAUCCUCUAUCCAAAGACACUAUUUUUACUUCGUGGAAAUCAUGAAUGUAGACAUUUGACAGAAUAUUUCACCUUCAAACAAGAAUGUAAAAUCAAGUACUCAGAACAGGUCUAUGACUCAUGUAUGGAUGCAUUUGACUGCCUUCCUUUGGCUGCACUCAUGAACCAGCAGUUUUUGUGCGUCCACGGAGGACUCUCACCUGAAAUACACACCUUAGAUGACAUUAAAAAGUUGGAUCGGUUCAAAGAGCCACCAGCAUUUGGGCCCAUGUGUGACCUGCUCUGGUCGGAUCCUCUGGAAGACUUUGGAAAUGAGAAAACCCAGGAAUACUUCAGCCACAACACAGUGCGAGGCUGCUCCUACUUCUACAGUUAUCCAGCUGUAUGUGAGUUCCUACAGAGCAAUAACCUAUUAUCAAUUAUCCGAGCACACGAAGCACAGGAUGCUGGUUACCGGAUGUACCGUAAAAGUCAGACCACUGGAUUCCCAUCCCUCAUAACCAUCUUCUCUGCUCCAAAUUACCUGGAUGUUUACAACAACAAAGCUGCUGUACUGAAAUAUGAAAAUAACGUCAUGAACAUUCGGCAGUUCAACUGCUCGCCACACCCCUACUGGCUGCCCAACUUCAUGGACGUCUUCACUUGGUCUCUGCCAUUUGUUGGAGAAAAAGUCACCGAAAUGUUGGUGAACGUGUUAAGCAUCUGCUCUGAUGAUGAACUCAUGAAUGAUGAAGAUGAGAUAUUUGAUGCCAAUGCAGCUGCGGCCCGCAAAGAGGUGAUCAGAAACAAGAUCCGUGCUAUUGGAAAAAUGGCCAAAAUGUUCUCAGUUCUCAGAGAGGAGAGUGAAAAUGUGUUGACGCUUAAGGGCCUGACGCCCACUGGCAUGUUGCCAAGCGGGGUUCUCUCUGGAGGCAGACAGACGCUGCAGAGUGCCACCAUUGAAGCCAUUGAAGCCAUCGAGACGCAUGAUGAGGACGGAGAAGCUAUUCGCGGAUUCUCCCCCCAGCACAAGAUCACCAGCUUUGAGGAGGCUAAGGGCUUAGACCGCAUCAAUGAGCGCAUGCCGCCUCGCAAGGACGGGGUGAACCACGUGGGCCACUCCAUGUGCAAGAUGAAUAUGUCGGAGGCGAACGGCACAGAGGACAACAGCAACAUCCAGUGAUGAGCUGUCUGAGCCAUGGAAACCAUGCCACUGUUGCAGCUGUGCAACAAGACUUAAUGCUUAAUGGAAAAUUCAGGCCUCAGAACACGGAAAUCAAACGGGCCCACCGCUAGAACAUGAAACCUGCAGCAAAUCUAAACAUUGGGCGAAAAAGGUUAUUUAUUUCAUGACGGCAUGUCAUUGCACUGUUUUGGGGAGGGGGAGCUGGGGUUCACAGCAAAGGGAGAGGGAUACAGAGAGACCCACAGGCUGCAGCAAAGAAGUGCUUUUGGAAGUUGUGUCUGACUGUAGUUCGCCUUCUCAAUUCGAUUACAGACUGAAUUGUUGGGAGUUUUGUUGCUGCGAGUGCUGACACACACGUAUGCUCCUUCAUUACAGGGCCUGACAGAAGACAUAAGAGCAGUAUCCAUGCCACACAAAUCAUUUUAAUGUUUUAUAAAGUAUUUAUUAUGAAUCACUCACAAAUGCACUUCAAGAGGAAAAUUAUCUACUUUAUCUAAUUGUUUUUGCUAGUAUUAGGUCACAUCACUUUGUGAGAGACGAUACAAAAAGGAAAAAGAAAAAGAGUGAAGCAAAAAGUGAAAUGAGUACGUCUUAAAAACUUGCAGCACGCCAUCUUACCGGUGGACUUAAAUUUAUUGAUUUACCUUGUUGUAAGAUGCUGCCAACCUGCAGGGAAAAAAGAGGACAGGGCACUAAUGUUUGCUCGCUACAGACAAAUCCACUCUAUGUCCAAAUCCACCUCGGCUAUGUCUAAAUAACAUCCAGCAUUGCCUCAUUCCUCUUCUCCUCGACAUCAGCCAUCUUCAUGGAUGACGGAACUUGGGGGAGAAGAAGAGAGGAUUUGGAAUACGUGGUUUCACUGUUUCCUGAAGGUACCUCAGCAUCCCAGAUUAAACACCGAGAUUUAACUUCAAAAUAUGUUCUAUUUUCUUCUUUUAAUCUCAGUCUUCAUUAGGGUUAUUUAGGUCUCUUUUAAAAGAGCAUUUCACAUAUUUCACAUAGGCAUGGGCUGGUAUGAGGUUUUCAUAGUAGUUACACCAAGAUCUGAAACAACAAUCUAAUUUCUUUUAUGUGAAAAAGAAAUAGAACUGAAUUAGUUUAUGUGACAGUGACUUUGUACAUUGAUAGCAUUGCUGCAAAUAUACCAACUCAUCUGUGUUCCCAGGACAGAAAAGACAGGAAAUGCAACAAUUAUCCCUACUGCUGCCAAAAUAAUGCAUUAUUAUCCAUUACUGUUAUAUUAUUUUGGAUUUACAGAUUUAAGGAAACAUAUAGACUAAAAAAACACCUUAAUAUAGUCGUAGUAGUUUGUAAUUACAUAACUUUUUGAGCAACAGUAAAAAAAGUAGAUAUUAGCUGGUUAGAUGGCAUUGCUAGCCUGCAGUCCGCUGCAUUUGUAGCUAGCAAACUUUAGUUUUGCUAAAUAUUUCCAAUUGUUUUCUUAUACACAUGGGAAAAGUGUAGUAUCCCUCUUUUAGCCAGCUGACCAGUGGUGCGCAGCAACUGUUGGGCAGCAAUGCAUUACUUUAUUCCCUGUACAGCCAGAGAAAACUCUUGUCACUCCAGCACUUCCCAUGAUAUCUGACUAAAAGGACUUGAAACCAUUCAAGCUGUGUGAUGGUAAAUUUGAUCAGUUUUAAAAUCUUUUGAAUGCUCGGCAUUCCCUUGAUAUAUGUAACCAGCCCAUGCCUAAUUUUACAUCAGAACAGCAUUGUAUUAAAAACCAACUUCACUUUACAAAAACAAAUCAUACAACUUUUUUUUCAAGAUUUAAUGUGUUAUUCCUUUCUAAAGAACAUCCCUACCCUUCUAGAUUGACAUGAAUUUCAGAGGAAAACAGAAGUUAUGUUGAAUGUUGGGACAUACCUUGCCGUCAAGAUAUUAAAGAACUGUUAUUUCUCACCUGCUUACAGUGACUUAAGCAUACAGCAGCAUCCAGGGCGCGGAUGCACCUUUUGCUUUUCUGAAAAAAUCUUAGAUUUUAUGCCUGCAAAAAGUGAUGUGGAAGGAAGUUCUAGACAUUUGCAAGAUAUUAGGUUACAGCAAAUCAUAAACAACAUCAGUACUGGUGUAAUUUAGAAUUUACAGCCUGUCCACAUUAACAUGGUAUUUUGCCAAACUAACAUUUUCUGCUAUGUUUGCACCUCCCAUUGUUCUUGAUUUCUUUUUCCUUUUUUU